AUGUAUCAUGGACAAAAAUUAGCAAAAUUAGGAAGAGAGUCACAUCAUAGAAUGUUAAUGCUUCGUACUAUGGUUACCCAAUUAAUUCGUCAUGAAAGAAUUAAGACAACAUUAGCCAAAGCAAAGGCAUUAAGAAAAGAAGCAGAUAGAAUUAUAACAAUUGCAAAGAGAAACACAAGAUUAUCACAUUCAUUAGUAUAUUCAUAUGUAACUGAUAAACAAGUUAUACCAAAAUUAUUUAAAGAAUUAAGAUUACGUUUUGGCGAUAGACCAGGUGGUUAUACAAGAGUAUUAAAAGCUGGUUCUCGUUUAUCAGAUAGAUCAAAAAUGGCAUACAUUGAAUACGUUGAAAAUGAUUUAGUACCAUUACGUGACUACAAAGCAAAUAACAGUAAAUUUGCUGUAAUUCGUAAACCAACACCACAAGGUACUGUUUUUAAUUUCGAAGAAAAAGAAACUGGUAAAAUUUACUCUUCUGCAAUCUCUUUAAAUAAUAGAUUCAAACGUUUAGAACAAUUAAAAAAACAAUCAACAUCCUCAUCAAAUUAA